AUGCGUUCGCUCCAGAGUGCCGCCCGCUCUGCAUCGCGCACCAUUCGUGCCGCACAAUGGCGACCCAAUGAGCCAUUAUCGAUGCUCGCCGGCGCACCUCGGCCGUUAUCGGCGCAUUCGAGACUACUACACAGUGGACAGCCACGAAAGUCCUCAUUGGCGACUGCGCAGUCGACUCCCGAGAACUUGGGUAGUUCUGCUAUGUCAUUUCCUUGCCUCGAUGCCCAAGACGCCAAAUCAGCCCUACUCUCGGCUCGAUCGUUGCAAUCGGGACCCGAACCUUCAUACACGACUGGCCAGCACGAACAAUUUCACUGUGAUGAUCCGCUCCUCCUCGACUGGGGUGGUGUGCUGCCGGAGUUUGACAUUGCCUAUGAGACCUGGGGUCAAUUGAACAGCGACAAAAGUAAUGCGAUCCUUUUGCACACGGGCUUGUCAGCAUCUAGCCAUGCCCACAGCACUGCAUCUAACCCGAAGCCCGGCUGGUGGGAAAAGUUCAUUGGCCCCGGCCUGCCUCUCGACACAAACAAGUACUUCAUCAUCUGCACCAACGUACUCGGUGGCUGCUACGGCAGCACCGGGCCUUCAUCGAAAGGCCCAUCUGAUGGGAAGCGGUAUGCGACACGAUUCCCAAUCCUCACACUGAACGACAUGGUGCGCGCCCAAUUCCGGCUCUUGGAUGCCCUGAACAUUCAGAAGCUGGCAGCCUCCGUCGGUUCCAGUAUGGGCGGCAUGCAAAGUCUAGCUGCGGGAGUUUUGUUCCCCGAGCGCGUGGGCAAGAUCGUCAGCAUCAGCGGCUGCGCUCGUAGUCACCCCUACAGCAUUGCGAUGCGCCACACCCAGCGACAAGCUCUGAUGAUGGACCCCAACUGGGCACGCGGAUUUUACUACGAUGCCAUCCCGCCGCACUCGGGAAUGAAAUUGGCUCGUGAGAUUGCCACGGUCACCUACCGCAGUGGACCCGAGUGGGAGAUGCGCUUCGGUCGUCAGCGCGCUGACCCUAGCAAACAGCCCGCGCUGUGCCCGGACUUCCUCAUUGAGACGUACCUCGACCACGCCGGCGAGAAGUUCUGUCUCGAGUACGACCCCAACAGUCUGCUGUAUGUCUCCAAGGCCAUGGAUCUCUUCGAUCUCGGGCACGCCCACCAGUCCGAAGCCCGUCGUCGCCGUGCCGAGGCAGAAGCCCGCAUCGCAAGCGGCGGUAUUUCUCCCAACGUCGCCGACCCUGCGUGCAGCCUGACCCUCCCCGACAGGCCGUACGAGGAACAGCCCGAGGCAACCGCCAACGUCCCGCCAGCCGACCGGUCCGUAGCCUCCAAAACAUCAGACGAGCCCCCAAGCGACCUCAUCGCCGGCCUCGCGCCUCUGAAGAACCACCAAGUCCUCGUCAUGGGUGUCGCCAGCGAUAUCCUCUUCCCAGCCUGGCAGCAGCGCGAGAUCGCCGAGACCCUCCGUGCGGGUGGUAACAAGACCGUCGAGCACAUUGAGCUCGGCGAAGACGUCUCGAUGUUCGGACAUGACACUUUCCUCCUCGAUCUGAAGAACAUCGGAGGUGCACUGGGCCGAUUCUUGCAGUAG